CUGAGGGUACUUUUCGAGUCAAUCAUCAUUUGCUGUUCUUUUCCGUUAGCCAUGGUCUCCUUGCCACCGGAGAUUGUUCGCAACCAUUCAGAAACUCUGUCGCCCAAGCAGGGCUGGCGGGAGGUUCUGGUCCAGUCCAACAAGGAGAUGAUCCAGGAAAUGCUGGCAUCGGCAGCCUCUGGACAAACUGCCAGGAGCAUCGAUGACAUUGCCAUUGCAGUCGCAGAGAAGAUGAUGUCCACUGGGAUUGCCACGCAACUGUUGGAAGAGAGUAGUGGUGCCUUAAGCCCAAUGGUGAAGUAUGCCUCCACAGAAACAGCAGAGAAAGGCCCACAGUUGACAGAUAUUCAAGCAGCUCAUUGGGACAUUUGGAGCGGCAAGGUUGAUGAUGCAAGCAAAGUGGAUCAACUUUUGGAGCAGCGGAAGCUCUCAAAGAGUUCACCCCAUGGCGGGAGCAAUGAGAUGCUGGUCCUGGUGGAAGAAGGUGACUGCCCAGAUCAUGGUAGCUGCACUUCAGAAGAGGAACGAAACAGGAUGCAGGCAGGACUGGAGCUACGGACCACCACUCAGCAGUAUACUUGGAUGCGAUGGAAGGAGAAACCUACAUCAGUGUUGCUUGUGGCGAAACAAGGUGAUGUCGAGGUGACCCGCAGAUUACGUGACAUUGCAUCUUGGGUUGAUUCUCAAGGAUGCUUCGUGAUUUUGGAGCCUGACCUGUGGGCAGAAGUGCAAGGAAAGCCACCUCCAGAGUUCUCUCCUCCGAAGAGAAAGCAGACCAAGGAAGCAAGCAACAAAUGGCGCUGGGGCGAUGGGCAGGGCCUGGUCCCUGGCUUUGCAGAGCGGGUGCGGACGUGGACACCGGGCAAGGACAAGCUGGAAGAGAGCAUUGAUCUGGUUGUUUGUGUGGGCGGUGAUGGAACCCUAUGCUGGGCAUCUGGGCUCUUCUCCAGAGCCAUGCCUCCCGUGAUUUCUUUUGCUGCUGGCUCUUUGGGUUUCUUGACGCCUUUUCCUGUUUCAGACUGGCUGAAAGUGUUGAUGCCCGUUCUUGGGGCAAAGUGCGAGGUCCACCCUCUUCAAGUGGCAUGCAGGAUGCGGUUUCAGAUGCGCCUGACAAGACAAGAUGAGGAAACGCCUGAAGAUCCAAAGCCAAUCCCUGUUCAAGCAAUGAAUGAGGUGUUGGUGCACAGAGGUUCCAGCCCCCACCUAGUGAAACUGGAAGUCUUCGUCAACGACAAGCUCGUCACAAUGGUACAGGGAGAUGGCCUCAUCAUUGCAACGCCAACUGGAAGUACGGCCUAUUCAUUGGCAGCUGGGGGGUCCAUGAUGCAUCCAGCAGUGCCGGGCAUCAUCCUCACGCCUGUGUGUCCCCAUUCCUUGUCAUUCCGUCCGGUGGUACUUCCAGAUAGCGCGGUAGUGAAGGUUCAAGUUCCGCUGAGCUCACGAAGUUCUCGCGUCAUGGUGGCUGUUGAUGGCAAGGACAGGAUUGAGCUGAAGCGUGGGGACUUCAUUGAGGUUGAAGUUUCCCAGUACCCAAUACCGACAGUUUGCAAGUCAUCUGUAACUGCGGAUUGGUUCAGGUCAGUGAAUGAAGCACUACAGUGGAAUCUCCGACUAGAGCAGAAGAAGGCAUGAAGACUAGCCUUGGCCAACUUGUAUUGCACGUGGCGAGUAUGUGGUCCGUAUGUGGCCCAUUUCAUGGUUAAUGGAUCUUAAUGGCUUACCUUGCACGGCCGGAUGUGAAGCUAAUUGCUUGUAUAUACUUGUAUGCUCCUUUUCCUGGCCCUGCGCACCGGUGUUUGAAAGCAGAGUUAUAUAUCCUUAUUAAGCGCACUAGGAUGUGACUUUCCUGUUGGUUCCCCACGCAUUGUUGGGCUGCCCAACUUGUUGCUUUCCUCCAGACAGCUCGGAAACCUGAGCUGGCUGGACAAUCCAUGAAUCUUUUGUCGGUAUGGAUGCAAGACGCUGUAAAGAUUGAGGCCUCUUCCAGCAUAAGUUAAGCUGAGGGAAGGUCCCAAGAGUGCAGGGUUGACUUUUGCACCAUCUUUGGCGUGCCAACUUCAGAGGCCAGCCUCUCCAGACGUGCCAAACUAGGCAUGCUGUCAUUAAUCAGAGCUGAUACCAACAUCCUGCAUGCUGUGCGAACAGCAUUAGAGGAG